AUGGACAUAACCCCAACAACAACAACAACCACCCCCACCAACACCAACACCAACACCAACAAUAACACAAACACCCCAACUCCAAAAUCUCCAGAGGUAGACACUGAAACACCAAUUCGGAUCCUUCAAACAAAGCCUUUGUCUUCCACCAACGGUGUCCUCAAACGCCACCCUCCACACCACCACCUCCACCAUCAUUUUUCACCUCCGCCAAUACUCAUAACCUACAAAGAAUGUCUCAAGAACCAUGCUGCCACCAUAGGUGGCCAUGCUGUAGAUGGUUGUGGAGAAUUCAUGUCUUCUCCGACCGCCACUCACACUGACCCAACUUCUUUAAAAUGUGCUGCUUGUGGCUGCCAUCGCAACUUCCACCGUCGUGACCCUGAAGAUUCCCCUCCUCACACCACCGCUACAACAACCAUCGAGUACCAACCUCACCACCGUCACCAUCCACCACCACCACAAGCUCAACCUCAGCAUAAUAGAAGCCCCAAUUCAGCUUCUCCUCCUCCGAUCUCAUCCUCUUACUAUCCUUCAGCUCCACACAUGCUGCUAGCACUCUCCGGUGGCGUAUCGGGUUUGAAUGAGAAUGCGAAUAUAAAUGUUCCUCCACCAGCUGGUUGUUCGCCGCGAAAGCGAUUUAGGACAAAGUUCAGCCAGAGCCAGAAAGAGAGAAUGCACCAGUUUGCAGAGAGAGUUGGAUGGAAGAUGCAAAAAAGAGAUGAAGAUUUGGUUCAAGAGUUUUGCACUGAAGUUGGGGUUGAUAAAAGUGUGUUAAAGGUUUGGAUGCAUAACAACAAGAACAGCUUUGGUAAGAAAGAACACCUUAAUGAGAACAACAAUAAUGAUAUUAUUAGGAGCAGUAAUCUGGAAAACUCCCACAACAACAAUGAGCUCAACAACAAUAAUAGCACUGAAGGCUUGAAUCAUCAUAACAACCAUCACCACUUUGAGAAUGAUAGUCAUGUUGCACAUGUUGGGACUAAUGGGUCUUCUUCAUCUUCUUAA